AGACGCAGGGUAAGGGCGGGUCUUUGCGUAACUCGGCUGGGAAUAACGACGGGUCGUCAUCUGAUGCAGUUUGCCAUUGAUAUUUAUAUUUAUUUGGACGCUUACACAGUUUGACACCAAGCUGUGAUUGCAGUCACCCUAAUGGAAGCCUUAAAGGAGAGCAUAGCGUUUAAAGGCGUUGCGGAGAGACUGACUCUCGGCAUUACACGAAUAAUCGAAAACAUGCCAGGUGUAGUCGAUGUGCGUUUCGCAGAGAGGGAGCCCGCAGAGAAGAGGAGCCUGCUGUCAUGGGAACAGAAAAACAGCUGUAUUUUGCCUGAGGACCUGCGAGAUUUCUAUCUGACCACAGACGGUUUUACUCUGACCUGGAGUGUUAAACUCGACAAUGAAUGUGUUCCGUUAGGAUGCAUGAUGGUGAACAGUGUGGCCAGACUGUGCCCGCUGCUCCAACCAGUGUCUAUUUUCUCUCUGCCUAAUGCACCCUCACUUGCUGACCUGGACUGGGACGAAAGUGACGCUCAAGACGGGUCAGAGUCAUCACCUGCUGCGCCCCAUUUUGAUUCCCGGAGCCGUAUCUUUGAACUGGAUUCGUCUGGUGGGAAUGGCAAGGUGUGCCUCAUCUACAAAAACUGCACCCCAGGGAUAGUGGCUCAACAGAGUGAAAUCUGGUUCCUCGAUCGCUCUCUGUGCUGGCACUUCCUGACGGCAACAUUUACCUCAUAUUACCGACUCAUGAUAACCCACCUGGGCCUUCCUGAGUGGCAGUAUACCUUCACCCCAUAUGGCCCAAGCCCUCAGGCAAAGCAGUGGGCAUCCCUGUACCAGCCACUGACCCUCAGCAGUGAGCCCAGCCUGGCUGAUCCUGCAGGAGAUUCUUAUUUCAACAAGCUGGAUCCAACCAGGGCCUUCAGAGGCAAAGUCAAAGCACCCGCCCCAAAGAAGAAGCAGUCGGCACAGUGCAGCAGUGCAGGAAACAGUGCCAAGAGCCAGGGAAGCACAGGAAGACAGAGUGGGGCAAAGCGGUGAAAAGGUUCUAAUGUGUGUGUUUGAUGAGCAUGACUUGAAUGUGAACAUUUCCUGGUUCCUUUGCGCCAUAGAACAAAGAAAUCGUUAAAACGAGUCAUUUUGUUUUGGGUACAAAACAAGACAUUGGGGAACAUCAUUUCGAGGUUUGGGAAACGCUGAUCAACAUUUUCAGACCAAACAAGUACUCGAUUAUUCAGGAAAAUAAUUACACAGAAGAAUUGAUUAUGCCUGGAAUAUUAUUAUGCCUGGUUUCUACCCAUGUUUCCCUUUUAGUAUCAUUUAAAUGGACAAGUAAUGUUGUUUCAACUUUCCCUGCUUAGUGUUAGUGAUGGAAAAAUGAGGUUAUCACAGCUCAAAGUGCUUCAGCGACAGAUUCAUUAUAUGCAUGCAGCCUCAUUUUCUACAGUUCUCACUGGGGACACCUCCUGGUCAAGGAGGUAACACU